UUGAGGCCGACAAAUGUGGUGGUACAUCAAACCGUAUAGACGAUCUUGGUUUGCAAUAAGAUGGCGUCGCAUGAGGGACUGGCGGCUCUGGGGGUGGAAGGAGCCUCAGCAGCUGCACACGCUCUGUCUCUGCCAGCUGAAGCCUAUGGAAAUGACCCACGGCUCGAAGUCAUGUGGGCGAUGAAGGCCUACAACCACGCAGAGGUCUACUUCAAUCUCAUUUCGUCUGUUGAUCCGAAGUUCCUCAAGCUGACAAAGGUGGACGACCAGAUCUAUUCGAGUUUCAGAGAAACCUUUAAAGAGCUCAACGUGAAGCAGCUGAAAGAGGAAGACCUAAAGUCAGACGAAGCCAAAGAGAGGUGGCGUCCCUUCUGCAACCAGUUUGAGGGAAUCGUGGAAGACUUCAACUACGGCACCCUGCUGCGUCUGGACUGUGAGAAGGACAACAGCGAGGAGAACACCAUAUUCGCCACCAGAGUCCAGUUCUUUGCUGUGGAGAUCACCCGAAACAGAGAAGGCUACAACAACGCUGUGUUCAAACGGUCAAAGAGCUAGCCUCCAGAUAAACCAGUAAGGACCAGUAUGAACUCAUUUCACCCUGCUCUCCAUCUUGAGGAACCCAGAGAUGAACUGUCAGUCUGCAGGAGCAGAGGCGUUGCAUGUUAUUAAAAGGCUCAGCGCUGUUUACCAUCCUGCUUUUUUAUAUUUCCUCUAAAGAUUCAUUCAGUGCUUGCUUUUCUUGGAACUAUGUGUAAAAAUGAAACAUUGGUGAUAAAUGCAAUAAAUAAGCCGCAGUUUA